AUGGAGGGUGUUGUGCAGAUCAUUCGAGACCCAGUAAGAAACUUAUUGGGUGACAACGAUAAACUGCUGCGUGAGUUAAAGAACGACAAAUUGCUGGAGGAAUAUCUCAACAGUAAUAGAGAGAAUGGUCACAAUAGUUCUGAUAUACUAAGCAGGGAGCAGGAGCUGAGUAAAGAGCUGCAUGAAUUGAGUCGGCUUAGAAGCAUUCCGGGGCUAGUGUUGGAGAUUGAAACCAAUCUUGAACUCCAGGAGUUCGAGAAUUGCUACCAGUCGUUGAAGACUUUGAGAAAGAAAUUAUAUGAGAAUGAGUUCAUCCUGAAUAAAAGCUUUGGUCUACAACAAUCAGUUUCCAGAUUUGUUGAUGGUUUGCACGUCAAGUUUGUGCAUCAGGUCCAUGAAGUAUGCAAAGCCUUUUGGAAAGUACAGGAUGAUUCGAUCGCACUUCAUAAACGGAUCAAGUGGGGCAAGGAUGACGUUGAAAUAGAAUAUUCGGCUUUUAUAGAGUCUGUUGCAACACUAUUUUUCCCAGAAGGGCUUGUGGAUUCGAAACACUGGAUUAUCGACGACAUGCUCCUAGCUGAUCUCCAAGAAAAUGUCAGAGCCACUUUGAAAUCCAUAUUUAAUGAUCACAUACAUCUUGACGUAAUAGUGGAAAAAAUGAAGAGUCUAAUAUUUGUUGGAAAAAAGGAGAUUGCAUUCAGUGACGACAAGGAUUUCCUCAUCCUCAAAGGGGUGUAUAUUGGUAAUGAGGAGACAACCGCUGGAACGUUAUCAAACUUUGAAAGCAUUCUUCUGUUUCUUGAUCACACAUCGCCACCUGGAGCUAAGUCAGUGCUUGUACGAAGACUUUGUCCUGUUCUUGCAAAUGAUCUAUUAAAAGUUAUCAAAAAAAAUGCAUCCGGCGUUUUCGGUCCACAAGAAAGCUCUGUUAAAAAGAAAGCUCUUCGUGUCAAUUGUUUACUAGAAAAACUUUUGAACAGUCAAGAGGACAUGUCAAAAGCAAUCGCAAGUGAAAUUGAGCGUCUUUUGACUAGUGAAGAGUUAUAUGUCCAUCUGCAGCUUGAAAAAAUCUUCCAAGAACAAUUGCAAGAGCUGCGCAUGCUAUUUGAAGAUGAAAACAAAAAUUUAGUAAGAGUUGAGCCUAAGCUUGUAACUUACCAGACAGGAAGCUCAAGGAAUUCUAUGGCCGCAGAUGGUAUGACAAAUAAAAACUUAAAAGAUGAUGAAACCGAAGAUUGGGGCUGGGAAGCAGAUGAUGGUUGGGAUGAUCAGAUUGACGUUAGCGUUGAGGGAGAUAAUGUAAGCCGCAUAUCGAAAAAAAGUAGGAACACAGAAAAGACAGACGAUCUUGGAGCUGUAGAAGAUAAUGCAGACACCGAAGGAGUUGAAGACGGAUGGGAUGACGCUUGGAAUGUUGAUUUCGAUGUAGAAGAUGAGCGAAAAUCCAUGAAAAGCGUUGAGACCAAAUCUUCUUUUAAGGUUACGUCAUUAUCAAAAAAAUAUAUGGCAUCGAUUCGAGUCUUCUCUCAAAGGUGGAAAGAGAAAUGUGGUGGUUCAUUUGAUGAACCGUAUUAUCGUUACAAAUUGAAUGUGCUUCAAACUGCGUAUAUGGGAAUGUGCAUACCAUAUUUUGGAGAUGAUUGGUGUCAGCUAUCGAGAGAUUUAAGCUACAUACACUCGGCAGAUAGAUCAUUUUCAAGACUGUAUGAAUUGGCUUUGAAUUAUUUGGAUUUUAAUAUUAGAACUAGAGAAAAAAUUUGUGAUACUUACGUGUCACAACAAUUGGAAGAAUUUGAGCAAAACGAGUCAAACCCCUCUUGGGAUACGACAAUCACUGAGUUGUUGCCUUUUAUUCACAACGAAGUGAUUGGGCCUUUUUCUCAAUUGAACAAUGGAGUCGCACAAGAGUGUAUCACAAAAUUUUUGAAAUUUUUAUAUCAGAAUUGUAUCGCAGGAAAAAUUCUGACUUGGAAUAUUAUAUCUGAGAAAAAUUCUGAGAAUUUAUCAGAAUUUAUCUCUUUGAUAUUCGCAAAGACAGAAGUCACAAUUCUACCUCACAGCAAGGAAAUGAGUGAACUGCGUGAAAAGUUUUCCUUCAUAGGAACGUUUCUACCCCUACAUCUCAAGGACAUAAUGGAAUUGUUCUAUCACGGCGACUUCUAUCUUUUUACCACUGACGAAAUUAUACAAUGGAUCGUUUUAUUGUUCGCAGAGACCCCACUGAGAAGAAAUGCCAUCGAUGAUAUAAGAGAAAUUAGGAACGUCGAGCUAGAAUAA